GAGCAGCUCGUCAUCACUGGCUUCCACCUGCUCAGCGUUCACUCAUUCACCGGCUACACGUUACAACUGAGAAAUAACACACCUUCUGCGGCCAUGGCAGAUCCAAGAAUACGGCAAAUCAAGAUUAAAACUGGCAUCGUUAAACGGCUGGCGAAAGAGGAGAUUGCGUACAUCACUGAGGCAAAGCAGCAGGAGGAGAAGAUUGAGCGGCUGAAAGCAGAGGCGGGAGAUGAUUAUGUCAUCAAGAAACAGAUGGAGGUGUUGCAGGAGUCCAGAAUGAUGAUCCCAGACUGCCACCGCCGCCUGGCCGUAGCACACGCAGAUCUGCUUCAGUUACUAGAAACAGAAGAGGAUUUGGCCGAAUCAGAGGAGUACAAAGAGGCCAGGAACGUAUUGGACUCAGUGAAGCUUGAAGGAUGAUUUCUGAUCCGUUUCUGUUCUCACUGUGAGAUUCACUUGCUUAAAUGUCCAUUCCUUUCUUCAGGCCUUGUUUGGAACCAUGCAGGCAAACUGAAUCCAUUCAAAGUCUCUGUUCUUGAUGUAAUGAUUUCUACUGUUUACUGUUAACGUGCCACCACAUUUGAUCAUCCUCCUUCCGUGUGUAAGAAUCCCACAAGAAUCCCACCAUAAACUUUCAGUUUAUUACA